AUGGCGUUCAACACCAAAGAUGUUGUGUUAAAAGAAGACAGACCAAGAACCUUGUUACUACAAAAACAUUCCGACUACUUAUCGAAAUACGGACUGAACAAAGAUGAUUACGAAUAUUGUAUGACUGAAUACCUACGGAUGUCGGGCAUAUAUUGGAGUCUAACAGCUAUGGAACUUAUGGGGCAGUCUUCUAGAAUGCCCAAAGAAGAGAUCAUAGACUUCAUAACAACCUGUCAAGACAGUGAAAGUGGAGGGAUAUCGGCUAGUAUAGGACAUGAUCCACACAUGCUUUAUACUUUGAGUGCUGUGCAGGUAUUAGCUAUGUAUGACAGGCUGGACGCUAUUGAUGUUGAAGGAGUAGUAAGAUAUGUGGUGUCGUUGCAGCAAGAGGAUGGUAGCUUUUUUGGAGACAAAUGGGGUGAAGUGGAUGUGAGAUUUACCUUCUGCAGUGUCAUGUGCCUCUCCUUAUUACAUAGACUGGAUGCGAUAGAUGUCAAUAAGGCAGUAGACUUCAUACUCAGUUGUAUGAACUUUGACGGUGGCUUUGGAUCUAAACCUGGCUCUGAAAGCCAUGCUGGAUUAAUAUACUGCUGUGUAGGCACUUUAUCAAUUUGCAAGAGAAUGGAUGCUCUUCGAGCAGACGAGCUUGCAUGGUGGCUGUGUGAGAGACAAUUACCCAGUGGUGGUCUCAAUGGCAGACCUGAGAAGCUACCUGACUUAUGUUACUCUUGGUGGGUAAUGUCAUCGCUAUCAAUGCUUAACAGAAUUCACUGGGUGGACAAAAAGAGUCUGGAACAGUUUAUUUUAGCCUGUCAAGAUGCUGAAACGGGUGGAUUUAGCGACCGGCCAGGAGAUAUACCAGACCCAUUUCACACAUUAUUUGGAUUAACCGGACUCUCUUUACUCGGCGAUACUAGUAUUAAGGCUUUUUUCAUAUUUAGCACUUGUGUUUAUAUAUUUACUUUGUUCACAUAUUUAGUUUAUUAUACUGAUGUGAUAUCUACUACUUAUUUUCAAGAAAUCCAACCAGCAUAUGAUUAUAUUAUUGUUGGCUGCGGUACAGCUGGCUCUCUGAUUGCUCACAGAUUAGCAACAGAAACCAACCACACAUUCAUAGUGCUUGAGGCGGGCAGUAAAAGCCAUGCAUUGCUUGAAGCCCCUGUCCUUGGGCCUUUCUUACAUGGCUCAGUAUUUGAUUGGCAAUAUCAAACAGUUCCACAGCAAGAUGCUUGUCUCGGGAUGAAAGAUCAACAAUGCAAAUUGGCUUUGGGAAAAAUAGUUGGGGGAUCUUCAAAGCUCAACAAUAUGAUACAUGUUCGAGGUAACAUCUCACAUUACAGUGGCUGGUUUCACGGCAAAUACGACGAAACAUAUAUUAAAAAACAAUUUGAAUUUAUUGAAAAAAAUGUUCUAGAAUUAAGUAAUAUACCAUACCAAAGUAAGUUGUCUGAUGCUGUGUUACAGGCAGCUAAGGAAUUAGGAUAUAAUAAAGUAAGUUUAGAUUUUGAAAACGGUUUUAUGAAAAAUAUUGUCAGUCAGAAAAAUGGGAAGAGGUGGUCUACUUCAGAUAAAUUAGAUAUAUCGAAUCAUGUAAUUAGUAAUGCUUUGGUAGAAAAAGUUAUUUUUAGUGGCAUCACAGCCAAAGGAGUGAUAUGUCUUCUAUCAAACAAAAGGCGAAGAAUUUUAGCUAAAAAAGGUAUAAUAAUUACUGCAGGAGCUAUUAAUUCUCCUAAAAUUUUACAACUUUCUGGAAUUGGGCCUAAAAAUGUAUUAAAACCAUUAAACAUUCCAGUUAUAAAAAAUCUUCCAGUAGGAAAAAAUCUCCAAGAUCACAUUGGAACUGGUCUGGAUUUAAUCUUAUUCAACAAGUCUCUUUCUCUUACCCCAAUGGAUAUGAUUAACCCUUAUAAUGUUAUACAAUAUUUGUUCUAUGGUGAAGGACCAUGGACUACACCAGGUUGUGAAGUCGUUGGUUUUGUAUCGACUAAAAAGGAAUCUGAACCAGAUAUACUUUUUAUGGUGCUGCCAGUAGGAAUAUCUUCCGACAGAGGUAGUUUAUUAAAACAUAAUGUCAAUAUAAAUGAUGAAGUUUGGAAUCAAUAUUUUUCCAAAACCUUUGACUAUCACACGGCAACAAUUAUGCCCAUAAUAUUACACCCCAAAAGUAAAGGACACGUUUUUAUAAAUUCUGCAGAUCCUCGAAAGCACCCUUUAUUAAACCCGAAAUACUUGUCCCAUAAACACGACAAGGAAAUAUUAAUAAAUGGACUUAAAAUAGCUAUGAAAUUUAUAAAUUCAAAUGCGAUUAAAAAUAUGGGAGGAUUUGUUAAUCCGAUUCCUUUUCCAGGAUGUGAAAAAUUUGAUAUAUUUACGGAUUUGUACUUUGAUUGCUAUAUAAAACAUUUAACAUUAACAACAUACCAUCCAAUAGGAACUUGUUCUAUGGGGCUACCAGACUCAAAGGAAUCCGUCGUAGAUACUUCUUUCCAAGUUUUAGGUGUAAAGAGGUUGUAUGUCGCUGAUGCAUCAGUGUUGCCAACAAUGCCUAGUGGUAAUAUAAAUGCUGCAGUUGCGAUGAUGGCUAGUGUAUUCUUUGACACAAAUAUUGGUAAGAAUAAUGAUAUUUCGUUAUGUUUUAUGAAAGAUUUCAUAAAUGAGUACUUGUUUCGGGUUUGUGCGCACACGUAG